UCUGUGUGUUGCAUUCUAACCAUUAUAGCCUAAUAUUGCAUCCAGGGGGAAACCCCGGCGGCCAUUGGGCAUCUUGACAUCACAUGGACCCGAGGUCACGUGGUCCGCGAGGCUGAGGGAGGCGAGGGGGAGGAGAAAAGUGGGGUGGGAUGAUUUUUGUAUGUGUAAAUCUAGACAGUAAUGCCCCGCCGAUAAUUCACGGUGCCUCGUAUAAAGUCGACAUUAAAUCGCCCCGGGCCUACAAAUCACCGGCGCCAAAUUAUGAGUUCACUUGACUUCGCCAACGCGCUGUUUUCCAAAUACCAGCAAGCCGCUGCGAGCUGCUCCGCUCUGCUCUUCACAGAUUCUCCAAAUUCUCCCUUCCCGACUUCCUCUGCUGCUCCUGCCGUGUCUUCUUCGUGCGCCCUCGUGUCCAGCGGAUAUCACCUCCAUGUCUCCAGUGGGAGAGGCGGCGGAGAGCUCCCUCUCCCUCCCUCCUCCUUUUCUUCAUCUCAUUCCUCCUCCUCGUUCCCCCCCUCCCCUUCUUCCUCAUCGUUCUGUGUGUCUCUUUCGGGACUGAACCGGAGCAGCGGGAGUGUGGAGCCCAGCGCUCAGCCUUUUAUUCCCGCUGAAGUGCGCACAAGAGGGGCUUUUAGCGCGCCAGGAGCCGGGCCGCUGAGGUCCUCCCUGCAGGGAUGCGCCGCAGAGCGGUUCCCCGAUCGGCCUCAGCUGCUGAGCAGGCUCCCUGAGCCGGCCUGCAGGAGGCAGACUUGCCCGGAACAGCAGCAGCAGCGGCGGCAGUUAAACGAAGAGGAGCUGCGGAUUUACCCCUGGAUGAAAAGCUCAGGUGCCGAGAGAAGGCGCGGGCGGCAGACGUACACGCGCCACCAGACGCUCGAGCUGGAGAAGGAGUUCCACUACAACCGGUACCUCACGCGGCGGCGGCGGGUAGAGGUAGCGCAUGCGCUCUGCCUCACGGAGCGGCAGAUCAAGAUCUGGUUCCAGAACCGGAGGAUGAAGUGGAAAAAGGACAACAGGCUGACUGAGAGCGGCUCCCCAACAGCACCGCUACCGCCCGCGGAGGAGGAGGAGGAGGAAGAAGAGGAGGAGGAGGAGUGAUAACAAUGACUACUGGACACUUUAACAUAUCCUAACACUUUUUUUUUUAACUCUUAUUUCUCGAAUUAAAUCUCUAACUAUUAAGGUGACGAAAUAAAAAAAAGGUGAUAUUUUCUGUUUGAUGAGCAAUUUAUGCGUAGGGGAGACCGGGGAAAGUUGUAACAUUUUUGACAUUUCUGUGUGUAUCUUGGAGCUCUUUUAAGCCAGUGCGUUCAAAAUGUGAUACAAACUAAUUACAUAUGUCAGCUAUUAAAUGGCGUAGCUGUUAUCUCUCCUACCCAAACUCAAAACGCAAGGUUUGCUUUACAGUUACUAAAAUAUAUUGAAACAUAUUGCUCCUGAUAUAACGUGUGGAGUUCUUCUCAAAGGUCCCAUACUGUUGCACCACAGGAGAAGCUUCUGUCGUAGAUGAGGGCUGGAGAUCCAUAUACUGUAGCAUGUCUUAUGUUAUGGGGACGCUUCACUUAUCUGAUCUGCAGCAAAAAAAGGGACAACAUACUUGAUGGUGAGUGAACCAGCAGAACUUAUGAUUUCUGUGAAUACAAAGCCGAGCAUUAGUGUUAGAAAUGGCUCCAGUGUAGCAGAUGGAAGUGGCGUCAUUCAGUUAUUAGAAUAUCAUACUCAGCCUGCUCCAUUCAUCACUGUCACUACAGAGCUGUGGCCAGAAAUGCAGCAGAACCCACCCACCAACAAAACUCAGCACAAAAGCAUUCACAAAAUAUGUUCUUUGUAUUAUUUACUGAUUGAAUUAUAUAUUUUAUGUAAAUCUCAUCUAUUAGUGAUUAGUGUUUCUAAAUGGUAUGUAAUUCUGGUGACAAGUUUCAAAUGUUCCCUUUUCCUUUAUUUUGUUUUAUUCUUAGCCCUAUUAUUGAAGAGAUGACCUGCUCUGACUGUCACCAGUUUGCACCUGUGUUUUUGUGUGGCUUUGAUUCUGUCCCUAUUUGGUUAUAUUCAGUUAUAAGGCUGCUUACCCAUGGAUACACUGGGUACACUGAAAGUCCACUGAGUUCAAUAGAGGGAUACAGUUGAACCAAUAAGGUCCUGUCUGUUAUGUGUUUGCUUGUACAUGAAGUCUAGAUGUCUUGGAAUAAUGAUGUGCUCUUUUUUUUUUUAAAUAACUAUUGGUUGUGUUUUUCUGUAUUUGCACCUGUGUUUUCAUGUUGCCUGAGACAUACCGUACAUGUUCAGACUAUACAAUGUACUUGUAAAAAAUAAAAACGUCAACUGCAA